AUGGGAUCAGAAAAUGUUGGGAAUUCGCAAAUUAUAAUUGUUAUAACGAUUCUAGUGUUCGUUCUCAUUUUCACUCAGACUAGCUCAAACAAGGAAUGGCCAAACCUCACCUCAAAAUACAUCCACAAUGCUUCAAACAUCAACGAAUUUCUCCUCAAAAACAUCGAAUCGUACCAACCAAGUCAUGGAUACACCCCGAAGAAAGGACUCCACAUUCCAGAAAUUUAUCUGAAUAGACAAGAUACAAGUUGCCCCCUUGCGCAAAAUGAAAAAGGAAGAAUUGACAAAAUGCCGAAUUUAAUUGCAGUCGGAUUUGGAAAAUGCGGCACCGGAUCCUUGAGCUUUUUGGACUGUCAUUCUCAAAUUGUCUUUCGAUUCGUAGAACCAGCAUUUUCCUGGCUAAUGUACAAUGCUAAGAAAAAGAAGAAACCGACAACGGAACAAGCACUAGCUGCUUACAAUCUUCCAAAAGCUCAUGAGUCGGAGAUCCUUGUCGAAAAAUCGCCUGGGUACAUGAAUGGAAAAACGGACAAAAUGCUCAAAAGAUACGAAGCAAUGAAGUAUUUCUCCCCAAGAGUCAAGAUUUUAGUGCUUCUCUGCGAUCCGAUGCAUCGACUUUGGUCGCAUUUGAAAAUGCACGGCAAGGAAGAAUAUUAUCUCGACUUCGCGGAAAUGGCGAAUGAGAAAUGGAUGCCGGCCAUGCAAAAUUUCACUUACGACGAGAGGCAUAACAUCCUCGAUCUCCCUGUCUUUGCAGCGGAUUUGAAAAAUAUUGGGAAAAAUUCGAGUGAAUACAUGAAAAAAGUCCUCCUUAUGGGCUUAUACUACUCCCGACUGAGCGUUCUUUUGAAAGCUUUCGGAAAAGAUCGAGUGCUUCUUUUGGAUGGAGAUAAUCUUAUUUCUGACCCCGGGGAGGAAUUCGGGUUGGUGGAAGAAUUUGUUGGGGUCGAUAAAGAAUUGACGUUCGAAUUUGCGACGCGUUAUCCAUAUCCAUGCUUGGAUGAGCCAGUGCCAAUGUGUCUACCAUCUAGCAAAGGAACCAGUCAUGGUAGCACCAAACAACCCAACUCCACCCUCCUCUUCAAUUUCUACCAAAAAGAAAUGCAAAUGCUCAAAUCUUUACUGAAAACAUUUCCCGACUACGAUCCUGAUUCGAAUCGAUUUCAAUGGCUUCAUAAAUAUGAUUUAUAA